GAUGCUCCUCAGUGUGCUCCAGGAUGAUUGAGGAGAGUGGGAAGAGGAGGAGGACCAUGGCAGAGAAGAGGCAGCUGUUCAUGGAAAUGAGGGCUCAGAACUUCGAUGUCAUCCGGCUCUCCACGUACCGAACCGCCUGCAAGCUGCGCUUCGUGCAGAAACGCUGCAACCUUCACCUUGUUGAUAUCUGGAAUAUGAUUGAAGCCUUCCGAGAUAAUGGCCUUAACACUUUGGAUCAUAACACAGAGCUCAACGUGUCCCGGCUAGAAACAAUCAUUUCAUCCAUCUACUACCAGCUAAACAAACGCCUUCCUUCUACUCACCAGAUCAGUGUAGAGCAAUCCAUCAGCCUCCUCCUCAACUUCAUGGUAGCAGCAUAUGACAGUGAGGGCCACGGGAAGCUGACUGUGUUCUCAGUGAAAGCCAUGCUGGCCACCAUGUGUGGUGGGAAAAUCCUGGACAAACUUAGAUGGCAGGAACCAAAGGGCAGCGACCGGAACGAGCAGGGGCAGAUGGAAGCAGCAGAAACCAAUUCUGCUUUAACUUUCCCCGAGGAUGUGGAGAUACGAGAAGUGCAGACAAAAAUGUUCAUGGAGCCUCCGAGUCGGGAAUUUUACGGGAUCCAUUGCUGGAACCCUGGACCUACAUCCAUAAGGGAAUCAGGGGUUUGCUCUACUCACAAUUCCAAGAAUAACUCUCCAGCCUCCCUCUGGAGCGGCAGCCCCUGGGAUGGAGUGGAAUUCCAGCAGGAUGAAGCCUGUUUGUGCCCCUGGUUUGUUAAUUCUGUGGGAAAGGGCGAUUCCACCCUCCCCCCCUCUCUCUGCUCUCUGCUCCCUGCCCGGCCCGUGAGUAACAUGAACGAGGCCAUGGUGACCCACGUGUCCUCUGGAGCACCCACACCCACCAAGAGGUCCCAGCCCAGCCCGGACCCCCCCAGCGCGGUGGCCGACGAGCACUCCCUGAUAGCCACCUACGUGAGCCGGCUGCAGCACGGGCCACGUGUCCUGGACAGCCCGGGCCGGCUGGACGAGGAGCACCGGCUGAUCGCCAGGUACGCCGCGCGACUCGCCGCCGAGGCCGCCAGCGCCCCCCGCCCGCCCUCGGACCUGGGAUUCAGCUUCGAUGCCAACAAGCAGCAGCGGCAGCUGAUAGCGGAGCUGGAGAACAAGAACAGGGAGAUCCUCCAGGAGAUCCAGCGGCUCAGGCUGGAACACGAACAGGCCUCUCAGCCCACCCCCGAGAAGGCCCAGCAGAACCCGACCCUGCUGGCUGAGCUCAGGCUGUUACGACAGAGGAAGGAUGAGCUGGAGCAGAGGAUGUCAGCACUUCAGGAGAGCAGAAGAGAACUGAUGGUGCAGCUGGAAGGGCUGAUGAAGCUGCUCAAAGAGGAAGAGCAAAAGCAGGCAGCGCAGGCGGCGGGAUCGGCUCAGCCCUCGCCCACCCACGGCCGCCCCAUCCCGAUGCCCGUCAGGUCCAGCUCCGCCGGGUCCACCCCCACCCACGGCCCGCAGGACGCACUCGCCGGAGUCGGAGACGUCCAGGAGGCCUUCACACAAGGUACGAGGAGGAACCUGCGCAAUGACCUGCUGGUAGCAGCUGACUCCAUCACCAACACCAUGUCCUCGCUGGUGAAGGAGCUUCACUCAGCAGAGGAAGAAGAGGAAGAAGAAACAGGGAAGCUGCAGAAUGGGAAGGACCGAGGUGAGGGGACAAACGUGUGAAGGGAAAGAG